UUGCAGACUGCCGCCAUUGGUGCGUGAUUGUAUGUAUUAGAGCGCAAGCUCAAUUUACAUUUUUAAGCUCUUACUAUAUAAUUUCCUCCGAGCUUCGGCCCUGCAUCUCAAAUCACCAAACCAAGUGGAACAAAAGUUCCAUGUCAUCAACACUCAUGGCCGCUAGAUAACCGUAGAAUGGCAACCAAGGAGCACACAUCUUCCCUCAACGAUCAUCCGUUCUCUCCUCCUCCUUCCAAGAUUGCACGCCUCUCUUCACACUCACCCACCUCCGCCCAAUCAAGGUUAUGUUUUCCUUGUGAAAAAUCUGUGACCGCCGCAUCUCCCUCGCCUCUAACCCUCGGCCUCAAUGGGAGUUCCGUUCCCAGCCCCGUAAAAAAACCCAUUUUUACUUUCAUGCAAAUGCAAGAGCUGGAACAUCAAGCUCUCAUCUACAAGUACAUGGAGGGCGGCCUUCCCGUCCCCCUUCACCUCGUCCUCCCCAUAUGGAAAAGCGUCGUUGCUGCCAACUGCGGUGGCCAUCAAUGCCCUUCUUUUUCGGGAUGUGGUGGUUUGUGUUUGGAUUAUAGGAACAGUUUGGAGCCGGAGCCCGGGAGGUGUCGAAGGACAGAUGGGAAGAAAUGGAGGUGCUCGCGCGAUGUAGUUCAAAAUCAGAAGUAUUGUGAACGCCACAUGCACCGAGGACGUGUUCGUUCGAGAAAGACCAUGGAAGCGGAAGGAAGCAGCCGCGGCGGCGGCGGCGAUGGAUUUGAUGAGUUCGUCAUUCCCGCUGUUCCAUGACUAGCUAUCUGCAUGAUUAAGGGCCAAUGCGUUGUCAUCUACAUAUUGUUUAAACGCAGCUUCCUCAUCUACACAUUUAUCUGCAAUGAAGUGGUGAGCAUUCAGCGUCCAAGUGAGAGAGAGAGAGCUCCCGACAGAGUUUUCUGUCAGGGGAUUGGAGAUGAUAACAGUAUGUCACAUGUCCAACAGUUGUCAAGUUAUCAUUUAAUAUAGGUUUUUAUUAAACUUGUCAUAUGCAGGAUUCACCAGUGUGCUCAAAAUUUACUUUUGACUUUUUUGUGUUGUAUUAAAAGCGUUUUAUUUUAUGGU